GGGCUCUCUGAAUCGAUCUUCUUCCCUCUCUGUGUGUCCACCGCCCACCUUGUUCUAAUGGAGGACGACCUCCAGAAGAAGAUGAAAAAGGAGAAGAAGGACAAGAAGAAGAAGACUAAGAACGAGGAUGAAAACGAGAACGAGAUGCCCUCAAACAUAAACGGUGACUUUGCUGCAGAAGCCACUCCUCCUGUGGAGGAGAAGAAGAAGAAGAGGAAGAAGGAGAAGGAGAAGGAGAAGAAGAUGGCCGAGAACAAGGAGGUGGAUGAAGUAGAGAAGAAGAAGAAGAAGAGGAAGAGGAUGAGCCAAGGACAGCAGGAGGAAGAGGUGGAACUUGCGAGUGAGAGCGAUGCCGAGGAGGAGGAGGAAGAAGAAGAGAUGAAGGUGGAGGAAGAUGCUAAUAACGAGGGGCAUUCAGAGGGCGAGGGAGCGGAGGAAACUGGCGAAGGUGCGAAGAAGCCAAAGACUGGUGGUGGUGGGUCGGGGAUCAUGAGCUCAUUGACGUUUGAGGCGUUGGAGCUGUCGGAACUCACAAUGAAGGCGAUUCAGGGGAUGGGAUUCAGCAAUAUGACGGAGAUCCAAGCCAGGGCAAUUCCAGAGUUGCUAAAAGGUUCCGAUGUGGUUGGAGCUGCAAGAACAGGAUCUGGGAAAACCCUUGCAUUUCUGGUCCCAGCUGUGGAACUGUUGUAUCACAUCCAUUUCACUCCACGCAAUGGGACUGGGGUGAUUAUAGUUUGCCCUACAAGAGAACUUGCUAUACAGACCCACACUGUUGCAACAGAGCUUUUGUCACACCACAAACAGACCCAUGGUGUAAUUUUUGGUGGGACUGCUUUAAGGGGAGAAAGAGAGCGCCUUGUGAAGGGUGUAAAUCUUUUGGUUGCCACCCCUGGUAGACUCCGUGAUCAUCUUGAGAACACUCCGGGAUUCUUAUACAAAAAUUUAAAGUGUCUUAUAAUUGAUGAAGCUGACCGUAUACUGGAUCCUAAUUUUGAAGAGGAUAUGAGAAAGAUUCUUUCAAUUCUUCCGAAGAAAAGGCAAACUGUCCUCUUCUCUGCUACUCAGACCAAAAAGGUUGCGGACCUUGUACGUUUGUCCUUUCAGUCCACACCUAAAUAUAUUGGUGUUGAUGAUGGGAGAGUGAAGGCCACCGCUGAAAAUUUGCAACAGGGAUAUUGUGUGGUGCCUUGUGCAAAAAGAUUCGUUCUACUAUACUCUUUCUUGAAGAGAAAUAUGUCAAAGAAGGUUAUGGUUUUCUUCUCUUCUUGCAACUCAGUCAAGUUCUAUGCAGAUCUACUCAAAUACAUUAAUAUUGAGUGCUUCGAUAUUCAUGGAAAACAAAAGCAACAAAGAAGAACUACUACAUUCUUUGACUUCUGCAAGGCGCAAAAGGGCUUUCUUUUGUGUACAAAUGUUGCUGCCAGGGGACUUGAUAUCCCUUCAGUGGACUGGAUUGUUCAGUAUGAUCCUCCUGAUGAUCCCAAGGAAUACAUACACAGGGUUGGUCGAACUGCACGUGGGGAAUUUGGAAGUGGCCACGCGCUUCUGUUUCUAAUGCCAGAAGAAUUGCAAUUUCUCUCUUACUUAAGGAAAGAAAAGAUUCCUAUGAAAGAGUACGAGUACGAUGAGAAGAAGCUGGCAAAUGUUCAGGCUGCUUUGGAUAAACUUGUAGUGAACAAUUAUCACCUCCUCCGUGCAGCAAAAGAUGCUUAUAGUUCUUAUGUAAAAGCAUAUGCAUCUCAUUCCAUGAAGGAGGUAUUCAAUGUUCACCGCCUAAAUCUUCAGGAUGUUGCUGCUUCCUUCUGCUUUGAUUCGCCUCCCAUGGUAAAUCUGAAUAUUGACAGCAACGCUUCCAAGUUCAGAAAAAAGAUGCAUAGAGAUGGAAGGAAUCGGCACGGAAUUAGUGAGUUAACCCCUUACGGUAAGAGAUGACAGAACAGUGAUUUCAAGACGCCAGUCAGUAAAGUUGGUUCAAACUGCAUUGCUUGAAGGUGCAGGCCUGUUGGGAGAGAGUAACAAGAACAAGAGAAGAGUCACAGUUUUAUUGCUGGGAAUCCAAUUUAUAUAUUUGUUAUUUUUUCUGUAUGAGCUGAUACAGCAGAAAUUUUGUAGCGAGUCAUUUAGGCGUUCCUAAUGAAAGUCCUCAAUUUUCUUGUC